AUGGCUUACCAAUUAGUAUACUUUCCUGGACCCGGCAGAGCAGACAUUAUCAAGUUGAUCGCAGAACAUUGUGCAAUUCCAUACGAAUUUAAAUCAAUUUCAUUUGAAGAUGGAUCCUGGACAUCUACUCAACCAAACACAAGAUAUGGUCAAUUGCCUUCUCUCAAAGUUGAUGAAGAUUUCACACUCUAUCAAACCAUUCCUAUUGCUCGAUUCUUAGCCAAGCAAGCAAAUUUUCAUCCAACUGAUGAAAGAAAUCAAGCCAUUCUCGAAGAAUGCGUCUCUGCUAUUGAUGAAUUAACCAAUCACGUUAUCAGAAUUGUCUAUUUUACUUCCGAAGAUAAGAAGGAGGAGGAACGAGUUAAAUUCCAAAAUGGUUGGUUGAAACUCAUCAUGAAAGGAUUAAAUUCUCACCUCAUCAAGAAUAAUGGCAAUCUAGUUCCGGGAGGAUUGAGUUGGGCCGAUUUAUACUUGUACGAUUUAUUAUCAUACUUGGAUUUGUAUCGAUUUGAAGUGGUUGUUGAUGAUUCCAAGCUUGAAACUCUGAAGGCAAAUGUAUUGAAGAGUGAGAGAGUUAAAGCCUACUUGGAAAGUCCAAGAAAUCUUAAAAAACAUUAA